AUGGGAAUGAGACAACAAAACUUCUGCUCUCGUGCACUCCGCGUCUGCGAGCCACGUUUAGCCUCCGUCCUGAGAAGAACAUCCAAAGUUCCCAUACGUUCUUCUUACUUGUCUGCUGCCCUCAUUACUCUUCUCAUUCUCACUCAUACUUGCAGAGUAAUAUCAGAGCCAUACAUCCUUAAUUUCAGAGCGAGACAGAGAGAGAUGAAUGCAGACUGGGGACCAGUGGUGGUGGCCGUGGGCUUGUUCAUUCUUCUGUCACCAGGGCUCUUGUUCCAGCUGCCGGCUAGAACAAGGGUGAUAGAGUUUGGGAACAUGUACACGAGUGGGAUUUCAAUCUUGGUUCAUUCAAUUCUAUACUUUUGUAUAUACACCAUCUUGAUUGUUGCCAUUGGCAUCCACAUACACGCUUAUUGA